CGGUGGGUGGUAGGUGCGGUAGUGCGGUGUCUGGCGCGCGCAGAGGAAACACUCACAGCGCUGGAUGCACAGAUUUACCCUCAUACACAAAAUGCUGCGUCCACGAGCUCCGACAAGCUGGUACUUGUGAAGACUAUAAAGAAACCGCAAACGAUCCUGCAAGAAGAACAGACUGAAGAACUCGCAGAGGCCGUAGUUGUUGUUUUUUUUCAUCCUUUAUCCCAGUUCCUGUCGAUGCGCUUCAGCGGUGCAUGAAUCCCCCCGUUUGGUUUGCAGGUCCAGGACAAAACCCGGGUGGUGUUGACGGCAGUGUGUGAGGUGGAGAAGGUCUGUGAGUGCAGCGUCUGCUCCUUGGCAACUCCUUCAGGAUGGCGUUAACGAUCUGCACGAGAUUUACCGACGAAUAUCAGCUGUUCGAAGAGCUGGGGAAGGGCGCAUUUUCUGUGGUCAGGAGGUGUGUGAAGAUCUCCUCCGGACAAGAGUAUGCGGCCAAAAUUAUCAACACCAAGAAGCUCUCUGCGAGAGACCAUCAAAAGCUGGAGAGAGAGGCGAGGAUUUGCCGUCUACUGAAGCACCCCAACAUCGUGCGACUCCAUGACAGCAUAUCAGAAGAGGGUUUCCACUAUCUGGUGUUUGAUCUGGUGACAGGAGGAGAACUGUUUGAGGACAUUGUAGCCAGAGAGUACUACAGCGAGGCAGAUGCCAGCCACUGCAUACAGCAGAUCCUGGAGAGUGUCCAUCACUGCCAUGUUAAUGGGAUCGUUCACAGGGAUCUGAAGCCUGAGAACCUUCUAUUGGCCAGUAAGCUGAAGGGGGCGGCGGUCAAGUUGGCUGACUUUGGGCUGGCUAUCGAGGUGCAAGGGGACCAGCAGGCAUGGUUUGGUUUUGCCGGCACCCCGGGAUACCUGUCUCCGGAAGUUCUGAGGAAAGACCCAUAUGGCAAACCAGUGGACAUGUGGGCCUGCGGUGUCAUUUUGUACAUCCUGCUUGUCGGCUACCCUCCCUUCUGGGAUGAGGAUCAACACCGCCUCUACCAACAAAUUAAGGCUGGGGCCUAUGAUUUCCCAUCCCCAGAGUGGGACACUGUAACUCCCGAGGCCAAAGAUCUGAUCAACAAGAUGUUGACCAUCAAUCCCAGUAAACGCAUCACUGCUACAGAGGCCCUCAAACACCCUUGGAUCUGCCAACGGUCCACUGUAGCGUCCAUGAUGCACAGGCAGGAGACAGUGGAGUGCCUGAAGAAAUUUAACGCCAGGAGGAAACUCAAGGGAGCCAUAUUGACCACUUUGCUGGUCACAAGAAACUUCUCAGCAGCCAAGAGUUUGCUGAACAAGAAAGCAGAUGGUGUUAAGGUCAACAACAAAGCCAACACAGUGACCAGUCCUAAAGAAACUGGCCCUGCCCCUGCACUGGAACCACAGACAACUGUGAUUCACAAUCCUGUGGACGGAAACAAGGAGUCUAUCGAGAGUGCCAACACUACCAUCGAGGACGAGGACGUGAAAGCUCGUCGUCUAGGCAGCUUAGUGAGUGGUAUCUUGAGCUCUAAGAGCCGUUCCUCACAGAUGUCUGACUCGAGACAGACGCCCACCUCCUCAGUUCAGACCUGCACCAAUAACAAUAAAGCUCGCAAACAGGAAAUUAUCAAAGUUACUGAGCAGUUGAUUGAGUCCAUCAACAAUGGAGACUUUGAGGCCUAUGCGAAGAUAUGUGAUCCUGGUCUGACCACGUUUGAACCUGAGGCCUUGGGCAACCUGGUGGAAGGACAUGACUUCCAUCGCUUCUACUUUGAGAAUGCCCUGUCCAAAGGGAAUAAACCAGUGCACACCAUCCUCCUGAACCCACACGUGCACCUCAUUGGGGAAAAUGCGGCGUGCAUUGCCUACAUUCGUCUGACCCAGUACAUGGAUGGCAGCGGGAUGCCCCGCACCAUGCAGUCAGAGGAGACCCGUGUGUGGCACCGCCGUGAUGGCAAGUGGCAGAACAUCCACUUCCACCGCUCCGGCUCGCCCAGCAUCCCCUCCCAUUAAUGGAUUAUAACAUUUGAAAAAAAAAAAAAAAAAAACAUCCCGUCAGCAAAUCAAGUAGGGCAGACAAUAACCAACCCAUGGCUGCUCUUCGACCUUUGGCUCCUAAGGACAUAACAUCGCACAGGAUAUCAAUACAUUUUACUGUUAUGGCAUUUUAUUAAUGGACGUCAUUUGAAAACCACCAUGGGGUGGCUGCACACUGUAUUUGGACAUUAUGAAACAAGCAUAUUGACAUUUGUUUGUUUGUUUUUUAAGAUGUUUUGGUAUGCAUUUUAAAUAUAAAAUAGAGAUGUUUAAAGAUCUACUACUGUAACCUCUCCCAAAAAUUAGUUCUGUAUUUUUACGUGUAUUUAUGUGUGCGCAAUACAAACAUUUGGAAGAUCAGAAUGUUAAAAAUGAGCUUGCUUUAAUUCUGGUGAUGUACAUACAUUGUGAUUGUUGGUAAAAAAGAAAAAAGAAAAAAAAAGAAACAAACGUUGAAUUUGCUUUUCUUCCCAUCAGAGGAAUUAAGACUUUAUGUAAAAUCCAGUUUAUGGGCUACAUUUCUGUUUGCUAUGAGCUAAGUCACACUGUUUUGAUUUCAACCUAUAAUAGUAAUUUAAAUGUGAAGAAAAGCAGAGCAGCUUACACUUUGCAUUGAGGUAUGUUUGCCUUUAUAUCAGUGAAAUAAGAAAUAAGAGAAUGUAGCAUAUAUGUAAUAUAAGACAAUUCAAGACUAUUAUGUAGUGCAUGGGGGGGACGGGGGGACGGGUAUUGUGAGUAAGACCAUAUGAUACUAUAAUAUCUUCUGUUUGAUCUGUGACUCAUUGACUUGUUUUCAUUUGGUAAUGUUGUGCAUUAGUCCUGUCCCAAAUGUUUCUAAUGUCCUGCAAUAUCAUGCAACUGCUAUAAAAACAGUGACAGUUGACAUUCAGCAUACAUUUCAAACCCUCAUAUCUAAGAGGAGGAAAAUCAAACUCCUGGUUGCAGAAGCACUCCUUAUAUUUUGUAUAAAAAUGAGAGCAAAUCAAGUUCCUUUCUCAUUAUGUUUGUUAUUGUAUGACGGUUAUUUUAGGGUUUUCUUUUGUCAUUGUAUCCUUGUCAUUUCCGGUGUGUCGCCAGUUGCACAGAGAAGGUGGAGAUAAGCCAAUAAGUCUGGAAAUGUUGUGCAAGCAUUGGAUUACGGUCAUGCCAGUCUGGUGAAGGAGAGUUGGACUGUAGUAAAUGUCUGGAUGUCUUCCUCUGACGAUCAGUGCUUCAACUAGCCAGUGGUCUCCCCACCACAGCGAGACAAUGCCAGUGUCUUUGUCAAUCCUUACUGUUUGCCCUUUUCAUUUGGUUUGUCUCUUCUUUUUUUCUAAGGGGAAAAUAUGAUAAAAACAUUUCUUUCGACGAAAAGUAUGAUGUCAGUGCAAUGCACCACUCCUUAUAUGGUGUGUACCUGUUGCCAGCAUGGCAAUGGUUGGCUUAACAUGUUUAUGUAAUAAAUAAAUCAACUAAAAGGUGUGAUAAUGA